UCCUCCUGCUACUACUACUCCCCCUCCUCUGGUUUGUGAAAACGGAUAUCCUUGGAAUGGCGUCUGUAACUGUCUGGAUGAAUGGACCGGAAUGAACUGCUCAGUAGCGAGUUUCUGCGAAGCCCAGAAGGUGGGGGAAUUCAACUUCCCACGAACAUUCAUCGGCCGGUACGCUUAUACUAAUGAAUUCUGUCCACCAGGAACGAGUGGCGCGGGUAAACCCCAGGCUUCGACCAGAUGUUCCAAAGGGAACACACCCCCGAGUUUCCAGGAUCUGCGCGUCCUCCAGUGUGGACAGACGCUCGCCAACAUAAAACAAAAUCUGACCGGCCCAGCAGAUUUAGAGACGCUGGCGGCGAGCGCUCGGAUGCUGACGUCCUAUUCUUACUAUUCUCACUAUCUGACGGCUGAAGAAGUGACGACGGCCGCUCAGAUCGCCGACACGCUGCUGUCGUCUGUUAACGUCUCACAGAGCGUGAGGGAGGCAGCGGUAGCGACCGUCAGCAAUAUUAUGUACUCCCACCCGCCAGACAACAACCAGGAAAUCAACGCUACUCAGAGCCUGACAAGGACCUUGUCCAGGCUGUCGGUGGACCUGAGUCUGAUCUCGGAUCAGCUUGAUUCUAAGGUGGUUCAGCCAAACAUCGUGGUCCAGUCUGCUCAGAUCUCGGCAGCCGACACUCAGGGAGUCCAGUUCACCGCGCUGUCAGGAUGGUCAUUUAGUUUCGUUGCCGACCGCAUCCAGCUGGACACCAACACAUCGGCCGUCGCCGUGGAAACUGGCUUCACUGCCGACGCGGUCGUUUACCUCAAGUUCCCCCCAGUUUGA